AUGUUAAAAUCAUUGAAAUUACCUAGGAAGCUUAUAGUGAAAGUUUUGCUCCUAUUGGUGGUGACCGUAAUUAUUAUCAGUACAUCGAACCAUGCUUUAGCGAGACCUUCUAUAAAACAAUAUAAAUUAAAACUCCAGAGAGCUAUACAUUUAAAAUUCAACAACUGGACGAGUAAUUUUCUCACGAAGGACUAUGGGUUGGAGUCUAACCAUGAAUUCUUGAAUAAACUCGAAGAAAUCAAGGCCGAGAAGUUAGCCGAUGAUUCGGCUAACGAAAUGUGGGACAUAAAUGAAAAAGUGCUCAAUAAUUUACCGUUAGAGGUGAAAGUUCCGAAAUAUUUCUUGAAGCCAGAGGAGACGAAGCCAGUGAUUCAGCCAUUUGAUCCACGGUUUACACUCGGGGUUUAUCUCCAGUGGAUCAAACACCACCCAAAGGAGCCAUUACCAUUCCAUUGGUCUGAUUGGGUGGAUUUAACCAAAUUGCAUAAAUAUAUGCUUGCAGAAAGUAGGAAUAAGAUAUCAUGUAAGGAGCUUUUUGAUAUCAGUGGAAACAUCGAGUUGGUGCAGAAUUCCAAGUUGGUUGAAGUUCAAAAUUACUGUAAGGACAACAAAGACAUCCCAUUAGGAUAUCAAAUAGUUGAUUUCUCAGGUCCCCAAACUGUUCCAAACCACGAAAUCUUGGGAAAAUCUUAUUUGUAUUCAGGGGCACCAUCGCCGGUAAGAUUAAUAUUCAUGACUGAAUCGCAAGGAUCAUACGAGAUGGAUGUCUUGGACCACGGUGUGAACGAUUUGAAGCACAGUUUAUUGCAUAAUUCCAUGGUGGAGACAUUGGUGAGUAAGCAGAAUAUGAAAACCGUAAAUGUAUUAGGUGCGUACAAUGAUUUGGUCUCUAAAGUUGCUCCUGAAAACAGUGAACAAGUGUUGAGUGACUACGAGAUCCAUAUCCCUAAAGAGUCUUUUAAUAUUGAUCCACAAGAGGUCAUAAAGACGAUGUCUGCAAAACAGAACUUGAAUAAACUUGAAUCGGCCUACCUUGAAUCGAUAAAAUAUUCAGCCAAUGAGAAUAAUCCACCUAAAUUCUUUAAAGAGGCUAAAUUAUUAGAGAAACACCCACAAAAGUGGUUAGGAGAGCAUUAUGAUUGGAGAUUUUUCAAUGGUAUCAACGUCGGAAAAGAAGAACAGUUAUUGUCUUUACAUAGAUUGGUAAAGAAUUAUCUUAGUUUCACCAGACAGCAUGGGAUUGUGACAUGGAUCGCUCACGGGUCAUUGUUAUCGUGGUACUGGAAUGGUAUUGCAUUCCCGUGGGAUACAGAUAUAGACGUACAAAUGCCAAUCGGGGAAUUAUACAACUUGGGAAGACGUUUCAACCAAACAUUGGUGAUUGAAAAUGCCGGAAGUGAUCAGAAAAAAUUCAAUGGUAUGGGCAAGUAUUUCAUAGACGUGGGAUCAAGCAUCACCCACAGAACUAAAGGUAAUGGUAACAACAAUAUUGAUGCAAGAUUUAUAGACAUCGAUACGGGGCUCUAUAUUGACAUAACAGGAUUAGCAAUAACUGAGACCCCAGCUCCACCAAGAUAUGAUUAUAUAAUAGAUACAGACAAGUCGAAGCAACUAGUAUUGGAACAAGCUAAGAAAAACGGUCAAAUAGACCACCAUGUUAAGAAUGAGCAGCUUCAAGCCUAUAAUUGCCGUAAUAAUCAUUUUAGCACUUUUGAUGAAUUGAGUCCUUUGAUCUUGUCGAUUGUUGAAAAUCAAUUGAGUUAUAUUCCAAGCAAUUUCAUCAUGACCUUGGAUUACGAAUAUGGCGUGAAGGGUUUAUCCAAACUCAACUUCAAAGAUUAUUACUAUAUGAACAACCUUCGUAUGUGGGUUAAAACAAGCAAGGUCUUAGAAUACAUGAAAGACCCAGCAUCAUGGUUGAAAAAGAAUAAAUCGGCAUCUUUAUCCAAUCAGCCUGUAUCUGAUUCUAUUAAAGAAUCUACUAUAGAAGCAUCUGAUAAGAAGCCGACCAAACGUGAAGUUUCCGAUCUCGAGAAGUUCCAGAUAAAUAAGUUGACCCUUGACAACCACAUCGAUUUGUUGCAGAAUAACGAAAUUUUCAAGGAAUUCGUCAAGACAGUUGAAUUUACAAAAGCCCAUGAGCUUGAAAUGAAGUGUCUCAUGAAGGAUGACUACAAGAACGCAAAGGCUGUUAUCGAGGACUACUCUCGCCAGUAUAACGUGGGAGCUGGUUUGAGAAGCGACUUGUUCAUGAACAAAUUGUUCAAAGACGGCUGGAACUACGACGACGAAGUUGAAAAGUUGUUAAGGUUAACGGAAGCCUAUAAAUCUGUAUAA